AUGCUAGCCCUAACCUCACCCACCGGAAAACUCGGUGCAGCAACUCUCUCCUCACUCCUCACCCAGAACCUCAUCCCACUAUCUUCCCUCAUCCUCCUAACAUCCACAUCCCCUUCCUCACCAAAACUAUCCUCCUUUCACGAGCAAGGAAUCCAAAUCCGACAGGUAGACUACAAGAACCCCACACUGUCGAUCUUCCACGGAAUCACAAAACUCCUUCUCAUCUCCACGCCAGAGAUAAGUUUAGAUUUCAACUGCGCACCCACGGCGCAAAACCCGGGGCGGGAGAGCGUACAUAUCCCUUUCCUGCGCGCUGCUGUGGAGGGGGGUGUGAAGCAUUUAUUCUACACGUCUCUAGCAUUUGGUGAUGCGUCGAAGAGUGGGGUGAUGAGGGCGCAUCUCCGGACGGAGGAAUUUCUGAGGGGUGUAGAGGGGAAUGUGGAUGUCACGGUUAUUAGGGAGGGAUUGUACAAUGAGAGUUGGCCGUUGUAUCUUGGGUAUUUUGAGACGGGGAAGGAUGAGAGGGAUGGGAUUGUGAUAGGAGGGGAUGGGAAGGUGUGUUGGACUUGUAUUGCGGAUCUUGGGUUGGGGACGGCGAUGAUGUUGAGUUCUCAUGCGGAGAGGUUUAGGGGGAGGACGGUGUAUCUUUCUUCUGGGCCGGAGGGGGCGAAGAGUUUGAGAGAUGUUGCGGGGUUGGUUGGGAGGGCGAGGGGGAGGGAGCUUGGGGUUAGGAUCGUGGUGAGGGAGGAGUUUGUUAGGUAUUAUGUUGAGGAGAGGGGUGGAGAUGAACCGAGUGUGGAGUGGUGGAGUACCACGUAUGAUGCGCUUGAGGAUGGGGAGUGUUUGAUCGAUGAUAUGACCUUAACGGAUUUGCUGAAAGAGAGGGGCCUCAAAGCCAAAACAGUUGAGGAGACCAUCAGUGAAAUGUUGGGUUCUUGA